AUGACUGUGCUCAUCAACAACUGCGUUUCAACCGUCAAGCUGCAAGGGAAGUACAGGGACAACACAACAAGGGACGAGGCAACUUUUGUGCAGGAAGAUGGUGAGUACUCCUCCGCUAGUGAUUUGGAUGAAGAGACACAAGACAUGCUUGCUACUAAUAAUGUAGGUGACACUAAGGAGCAUGACACAGAGGCGAUACAUACUAAUGCUGAGAUGGCAGAGUACCCAAGCCUUGACAAGGUGGUGAACCCGCUGUUCGAGAAGAGGCCGAAGCAGUUCGGCAUUGGUGGCGCCCUGCUGCCAAAGAAGGACCUCCACCGGUUCGUCAAGUGGCCCAAGGUCAUGCGCAUCCAGCGCCAGCGCCGCAUCCUCAAGCAGUGCCUCAAGGUGCCCCAGGCGCUCCACGAGUUCACCCGCACCCUCGACAAGAACCUCGCUAAGUGA